AUGAGGCCACAAGCAACCCUUUCGGCCCUCUGGGCAUCGCUUAUACCCCUCUGUUUAGGUAUCAACAUUGCCUCUACGGGAACGGGCGGACUGGCGCUGGCAAGGAUCCUCUUUGGUGAUUCUCGAGAUGUUUUCUCUUCAUCAUCAGGUUAUUCUGGAGACCCUUCGGCUAUCAGAUCUUUUACCGAUGGCCCUUUUGGAAUGGGCAGUGGCAUCAUCCUGUCAACUGGAAGUUUGACCUCGACAUCCUUAGCUCCUGGCGGUACAUGCCCAAGCUCUUAUACCACUGACCUAAUAACUGAGAUCCAAAAGCUCACAAACGCAAGUUCUGGUGAUAAAGUUCUGGUCUUGGUUAAUGGUGUUAAUGUCGCAAAGGACGAAAGUGGGACUCCACUCGAUUCUUCGUCAAAGUACCUCAGCGAGCCGUGGGGUAUACCAUCACCAAAUGGCGAUACAGCAUUCGCAAUGUCAUCCCCUCCUCUUCGAUUUUCAAUACCGCUACCCAAGGACUACGUGGAGUUGAAGAUUGCUGUAUGCGAUCGCCAUGAUGGCUAUGGCGAUACUGCUGUCAUGGUCAAAGCCCGACCCUGCACAAACUGCGAUCAGUCGUUCAAGGUUGAUUAUGACACAACGAGUAUUGUAUCUACUACGACGUAUGAAACAACAUCUGUCGUGACACAAGUCGCUUCAGGAACAGUUCGUGGGACUAUUUCUUAUGUCACAUAUGUGACUGCUUCUGCUACAAGUACUACAUAUUUGUCGUCAACAGCUUCUUCCGAAUCGGCAUUUUCAGUAACAUCUACAUCACCUGUUUCAUCAACCUCGCCGGAUUCUACCCCAGUAGUAUCAGAUAAAUCUACGUCAUCCAUGACGAUAUCAUCAGCGACAUUUUCGACAACAACAACUGCCAUCUCGGCACCAACACCUUGCAAUGAACUCGACAAUCCAUCCUAUAUCAGCGGUGUGAAAUUGUCGCUUUUAUGUGGCAAACAAGCAACUGGCGGCAAUCAAAUCGAUUACAGCAAUCAGCUACACAGCUUGACAGAAUGCAUGGCAUUAUGCGCUGAUACCCUGGCUUGUCGCGCAGUCACGUUCAAUAACAUUGGAGACGAAUGUACCUUGUAUGAUGGGUUCAAUGGUUUCAUGAGUGACUAUAACCUGGAUAUGGCUGUAGUGGCAUCUCGACCAGCUACAUCAUCUACAACUGAAUCUCUAACCGUGUUUUCUACAACCACAUCAGUAUCGACUACGUCCACUACAGCACCUGGACCGCUAUCCUGCAGUCGAAUGGCCGGCAGCAUUUAUACUGGACCUCACGAGAACAAGUUCACUCUCAUUUGCGAUACCUCUUCGACCGGUGAGUCUAUCUAUCGACGGGAUGAAGAAGAUAGCAUGCAGGGAUGCCUGGAUCGAUGCGACAACGACACGUCGAUGUCAUCCGGGUCCCCAGAAACUACAUCAUUAUCGUCAGAGACUAGGUCAGCGGGUACACUGGAGUUGCCAUCACUUACAACUACAUCAGCUGUAACCUCACAAGCAGAUAUCUCAUCACCAACAACAUUGUCACCAUCUGCAGCUUUAUCGUCGCUAUUAGACGCUUCAUCAGGGACCACAUCAAAACCCGCACUAGAGUCUACACUAGAGUCUACACUGGAGUCUACGCUAGAGUCAACAUCGCUUUCAACUGCGUCAGCUAUAACCUCACUAGCAGCUAUCUCAUUAUCAACAACAUUGACACCAUCUAAAUUGCCAGAUACUUCAUUAUCGUCAUCGUCAGAAGCUGUCUCAGAGUCUGCAUCGGAUAUCAGAUUGGGAUCUACAUCACGUGGAGAGUCAUCUUCUCUAGAGUCUACCACAGUCGCGACAACUAAAGGCUCGCUGCACACCGAUACUACUAGCGUCGAGAUGUCAACCACUGACAUGUUGAAUACCAAAACACCACUCUUAGAGACAUCAACCAUGGAGGCAUCAACCACUACGACUUCGGCUACCGCGAUAGAAACCACAGCAACAGGAUCGAGCGUGGGCAGCCUCAGCGAAGAUUCAAUUGAGAUACAGUCCACAUCUGCAAUCCUUCAGCCGUCAGAGGUUUCCACUUUGCCUUCGACUUCAUCAACUCCUCCCGCAAGAAACCUUCUUGCCUUGGGUGAAUAUACCUUCACAGGCUGUUUGAGAUCCCUGGAGGGUUAUCCGUCCUUUACAGAGGUAGCAACUGAUCCAGAAAUGACGACCCGGAAAUGUGUCGACUUGGCUUUCGGAAGCGAGUAUGUUGGUGUUUAUAAAGAGUCUUGUUAUAAAGCAGAUCUGCUCUCUGAUACAGAGUUUAUAUCAGAUACACGCUGCGAUCUCCCAUGUCCUGGAGAUCCUACUCUGAUCUGUGGAGGCAACUUCCGUGGCAGACAAAAGCCUCUGCAUCGUGCAAUAGUGCCUGAUCAUCUUUUGACACUUUAUCGAAAAACGGUUUCCUCCUUCUCCUCCUCUUCCUCCGCGUCCUAUGCUUCUUCCUCCUACACCCCUCCCUCUUCUUCUUUACAGGCUACGGGAGCCCACACUUAUGUAUCAACAUCUCAAUCAAGCUCUCUUUCGCGCUAUAAUCAAACCACCUCAUCAUACUCCCUUUCCUCAUUUACAACUAUAAAUCUUGGGUCAAAGACACUUUCAGUCUCUGAUUCCACUAUCACAAAGACUACAUCUGAAAGUCGUCUGCCAACGCCAUUCCCAACUCCAACUGCAAUUCACACUGCUUACUCGAUUGUAACCAUCGAUCAUGCCUACACCAAGACCCAAUUUGCCGAGACAGUAACCACUGUUACAUACACUACUAUCAACCCAAGCAAUCCUGCAGCUCUAAACACAACUUGUGUUCCGAUUACACUCCUCUACAGCCCUUGCGAGUGUGAGCACCAGGCAUACCCAUCAGUGGACAUGACAACUGUUUCCUGUUCUCAAGGAGGGCAAAUUGUUACCCUGACAGUUCCAAGAGCUGCCUAUGAGACUAGCUACGAGAGCUAUACACAUCCGAUAGUUCAAUAUCCUCCAGGCUGGGUUGGAGGGUAUCAGACAGACGCUGGCGGUAAUAGUUAUCCUGUGUUACAACCUACUGGAGGCUCACAGGGUGGCUAUCAACCUGGCUCAGUGAACAGCCAAUCUGAGACUCUUACUCGAGCCACAGGAUUACGAGACGAUUCUCGCCCUAGCUACAUGACGCACCAGCCCGCGACCCCGACUUCAGCCGCAGAAUCAAAGGGUGAUACACAUCCAGGACAAGGGAAUACACAGCCGCCUGUUUCAGCUCAAGGCGCACCGGAGUCCAACAGCAAUACCCUAAUGAAUCCUUCUCCGUCAUCAUCCCUAGAGAGCUUGACAACGGAGACAAGCAUUCCACCCACGCCUCAACUCGAGACUUCAGCAAUUCCUUCUCAAUCAUCACCUCCUCACCAUGGUCAAGUUCCUUCAGAGCCCAAGGAGGCGCCCUAUGCUACACCAAUGGUUGUUUCAGAAGCUCACAGUUAUGAACUCUCAUCGUGGAUUACGAUGGGCGCGAUAGUCGGAUUGGUUUUGUUGUCAUAA